UUCUCCUCCGCUGCUUUUGAAAUGAACACGAGAAGUUCGCAUUUUCAUCAGAACAACAACGCCCCCAUACAAUUCAAUUUUCAACACAAUAAUAAUACAACACAACGCAAACUCACCAAUUCUCCGUCUCUUAUUCCUUCUCCUCGUCAUCGCCAUCCGAGGAGGAACUUCACGUUUCUUGCGCGAAAUAGAGUAGGCGAGGAAAAAACAUCGAUGAAAAAUGGAGGAAGAAAUCGAAGAUUUUGUUGAUGAUUUUUACGUGGAGCCUUCGGAAAGUGAUGAGGACUACGAGUUUGAGGCCUGUCAGUUCUACGAUUUCACGAGGCAGGAGUCUGAGUCUGAAAUUGAUGAGGCGGAGCGCUGGUUUGAUGUUUCUGGAAAUUACCCUCCUUCCCCUUUUAUUGUAAAGUUGAAUUUGGAAAAAUUACUAUCUGCGGAAGCUGUACCCCACUCCUCGAAAUCAAAAUAUGGAAACAACACAAAGUCGGCAAGCAGCAGUUCGGACAAUGAUAUUAGACAUGGAGCUUCUACUUCAAAAAAGGAUGCCAAAGGAAAAAACAUGCUUCACGAUAAUGCAAAAGCAAAAGCAAAGUCAGCUGAUAAACUAUUUCAAUCAAAGAGUUCAACCUUCAUGAACCCGACAGCGAGUCAUUUGGCAAAACAAACUAAAGCGCAUGAUGAGCAUUCCAGCCACAUUUGUACAAGGUUUCAGAAAACAUCAGUCAAGCUAGAGAAAGUCUUGCCGAGUCCUAUUGGACAUGAUAACCUUGCUACAAAACGGCAAAAGCUUGAGAUCGGUUACUUAAGAAAGGUUGCCCAAAUGAAGCAUCAAUUUUCCUUAUUGCAUAAAUCAUCAAAGAAGGUUACAGUUCCAAAAGAACCGGAACUGGAAACACUGCUCAGAGCACAAAGGCGGGGGUCCAAGAAUAGUUCAGCAAGCGAAACUGAAAGUGGUAGCUCUAAAGCAAAACCAUUGAACAAAAAGACUUUGGAGUCUCCUCCGUUACCUAAACCUAAAAAGAGCAUACCACAUCCACGAGAGUUUCAAGAGUUCCACUUGAAGACUAUGGAGAGGGCCAAUCACCAUGCUUCUGCUAAGUUUCUGCAGGAACGCCGAUCAUCAAGCAGUGAUAAGCUGGAAAGUCCACCUACAGAGCAGUUAACUGAGCUCUCCCUGGGAUCAGCCUCUAAGGCCAAUAGUCCACCGCAGUUAGGCAAGCAUGCCUCAGCCAAGGGUAUAAAGAAGGACGCCCAUGGUUCUUUCCAAGCUGAAUUCUGGAGAUGUCCUGGAAAGCCCAAACAAUGCGGAGGUCAUAUGAGGGCUCAUGAAGCUGAACGCUGGUCCAACAUGACAAGAAGCUUGGGCAUCCGCUGAGAUCAUGCACGGGGAAGGAGCUUUCCCAACAUUCUUAUCACCUGCUGAUGGAAGCCGAACUCAACCUUACUGCAUGUAGAUCACUUCAAAGUGCUUGAAAAUGGGGGAGUUUGUUGAGUGUGUAUCUACCAAAUCUGAAGCAAACAUACUAUUGAUUGAUUGUAGAGUUAGUAUCAAUCAACUCAACCAUCAUACUGUUAGUAAUCAACUCAUUAGAAUUGUAAGCAUUGUUCA